AUGGCGCAACUGCUUUCAUACGCUGUCCGGCUCUUGGAAGACGACGCAGACGUGCCUGCGCUCUUGACCACUGAACAGCAAACAGCCUUUGGAAAAACAAACGGCAUCGCUAAGAGCAUCAUCCAGAAAACGAAAUGCGAAGUCGACACUUGCAUCAGGUCUUACGAAGCGCCGCGCUGCCGUGCGUUGCUCGAGGAAGUACGCAAGCGAUUAUGUCAAGAACUCCGCGACACGAUAUACGGGUUCGUCUUCCAAGGCCAACGAGUCGAAUUAGACGAAGACCAUGAAGUCAGCGGACACGAGAGCAUUAAAGGUAUUAGCAAAGCUAAUCUAAAGUGCCGGUCUGACACCUGGCUACUGACACCCGGCUAUCUCACUCAAGACGACCCAAUCAGGCUCGAACUGGUUAAAGCGUGGUAUCGAAAUGCGACCUUCCUUGUUAUCCAUCCCAAAUUCAUUUGCAGAUCUCUCAGAAGAUUGCGAUGGUCCACCAAUCUGAACCCGGCCGGAUUCAUCAAGAGGUUUGAGAUCAAAGUACGGAUCGGUGGCGAAACGUUUGAUCAGGAAUGCUUCGCGGAGAGACUUGAGUUGCUCAGGCAUUUCCACAGGAUGUGCCCGAUCGUAACAAUUAUAUUGGAGAAUCUCGUUGAAAACAUGUAUGACGGUCAUGAUGCGCAGGCAUGCGCUCAACACGCCGCAUACAUGUUUCCAGCGUUGCUGUCACUGCAUCGUUUGCGGUUCAAACUCAUAGUUCGAGCUGAGUUGAACUUGAAGUUCGUGGUGGUACCGGAGGAGACUACCGUAGAAGAAUGGUCCAAGAAGUUCCAUGAGGCGAUCGAGUCGCCACGCGCUCAGGCUUCCUUGCAGGAAAUCGAACGAAAAGCUCUUGCAUCAAUGCGUCGGAGGGGAUGCGAGUUAAAGAAGCUGAAAGUCCUUAAGAAGAUUAUAGACGCGCGCGUUGGAGAACUGAACGCCGAGAAUCGGAUUUUCUGUCUACGCAACAGUUGUCCAGUCAAGGAGCCUUCUCAUGGACCCGGUCGAUACCAACGGAUGUUCAGACUACAGGAAGAAGCCCGUAAUAUCGCUACUGAGAUCGAUCGCCGUAUGAGGCGCUAUGCAGCGGCGCAAUGUCUCCCUAUCUGCACUAUGGUCUGCGACAAACUACCCCGCGAGCUUCGCGACAUGAUAUACCAAUACAUCAUCGGGGAGUCGAUCGUGAGGAUUGAUAAGGAGGUACUGAAAUCUUUCCUCUUUUGUUCCGAAAUCGGUGUCACGCCCAUGAUCCCCGCAGGGUUCACAAAUCGCACCAGCAUUGCCUACGAGCACCUCUGGGAUCGUGAGUACUCCGGCAAGCUCUUCUAUUCCGAGUUUAUCGAGGCCUGGUACCGCAAUACAACAUUCUCCUUCGUCAAAUGUCGUCUCGUCCCUGACUUCCUCAACGAUCCGCGCUUCGGCUACGGCGCACCACCGCGAGAGUGGGUGCGCAAGAUAAAAAUCAUCAGGAUCACAACAACGGAGAGCGUCCUCUCUAUAUACAGGGGAGAAGAAAUAGCACAUAACAUCAAGACCGGCGAUCUCGAUAAUCUCAAAGAUCUGCCCAAGCUAACGCGUGUCAUAUUUGACUUUGAUGCAGCUUUUACGUCACUUCCCACGUAUCACGACAAUUACAGGCGAUUUGUACUAACGGAUCUGAAGGAGAUGUUUCCGAAGAUUCAAGAUCUACUAGAUAGGGAGUGUAGGGUAUCGGUAGUGUUCUCUAAUAUGAGGCCGCUCGAAAUGCGAAGGGAUGAGCUUACUUCUCGAAUAUGGGAGGAUAAGCUGGAGGCUAUAAGGCCUGAUUAG